UUAUAAUGAUGCAGCUGAAUCCCUCAGUUAGCUCAUCCAUUCCCUCUGAACAGCCUAUGGAAGAAAAGGCUAUCACCUACAUGGACCUUGUUUUGUUCAAAGCUGCGGCGGAUGGUGACGUGGAAGCAUUUAGUGACUGCCAAGUUGCUCUUGAUUGCCUGGUUGACGGAAGCCAAAACACGGUGCUUCAUAUUUACUCCAGAACCGGAGGACGCCUGGUAGUCAAAAAUGUUAGAGCGUUUCCGUGUUUUCAGAAAAGGGUAUUCGAAAGAGAAUUCUCCAUUAACUUUGUGGAGCAACUUGUCAACAAGUGCCCAUCACUGCUACUGCAACGCAAUGCCAACUGGGAAAUCCCAUUGCACAUUGCAGCAAGACAUGGGCAUUCUGGCAUAGUCAAAGUCCUUAUUGAACGCGCCAAUGUAGUGCUACAUGAAGACCCGGAGAGAGGGUUGGAUGCAACCGGGGCGAGGCAGAUGCUGAGAAUGAGGGAUGAGGAAGAAAAUACUGCUUUCCAUUUGGCCGCUCGAUAUGGCCAUCUUGAUGUGUUGCGACUAUUGGUCAAAGAAGAUCCUGAUUUUGAUUUCUCCGCUAAUACAAGCGGCGAGACUCCACUCUACUUAGCUGCCGAGGGAGGAUAUCACGGUAUGGUUACUGAGAUGUUAGAUAAUUGCAAAUCAACGGUUUAUGGUGGCCCCAAUGGUAGAACAGCUUUGCAUGCAGCAGUCCUGGCCGGAGAUGAAAAGACAGUAAGGAAACUAAUAGAGGCAAAAAUGCAACUAACCAAACAAACAGAUGACAAUGGGCGGACUCCACUCCACUAUGCUGCGCAUUUCGGUAAACGUUCAAUUGCCAAAGUUUUGUUGGAAGAAGAUGCGUCUGCUGCUUAUAUAAGUGAUAAAGAGAGAGGGAUGUCGGCUCUUCAUAUGGCAGCUUGGCAAGGCGAGCAAGGGAUAAUGGAAGAAAUUAUCUCCAAUUGUCCAGGUUGCUGCGAAAUGGUGGACAAAAGAGGCUGGAAUUUUCUUCACUUUGCUGUCGUUGCAGUAUCUCCCAAAAAACUUAAGAGAUUCUUAGUUGAUAACAAGAUUAAUGAUUUCACAAAUAGAAAUCUUUUUCAUGAAAAGAAUGUUAAUGGGUACACGCCUCUCCAUAUCUACUUAACGGGGCCUGCUCGUCAGCGCCUUGGUUGGUUUUCUCUUAAUUCUUUUCUUCUAGAUCGUGAACUUCAAAAACACAUUCGCCAAUUGUUGAAUGACAUUGGUGAUAAUGCAGAAGUGGAAGGGUUACGGGUUCACCCAAACUUCAGAAAAAGGGUAAAGGACGAGGAUGAUGUCUCCUUCAUCGAAGUUGUGGAAAAAACACGAGAGACCCAUUUACUGGUGGCAGCGCUAGUAGCAACCGUAACAUUCGCCGCAGCAUUCACCGUACCUGGUGGAUACAAGAGUGAUGAGCAAGGGGAUGCAACCUUGAGUCGUGACCCAGCUUUUAAAGCCUUCAUUAUUACAGAUACCCUUGCAUUUGUUUCCUCUCUUUUAGCGGUCCUGCUUCAUUUUCGCUUGGUAUUCCUGAAGUGGAGUCUAGUUAAUCUCCGAUUUCAGGUGAUUCGUCUGGCAGAUGUCUUAACUUUUUCUGCGACGAUAGCAAUGGUGAUUGCUUUCAGCACAGGCAGUUACGCAGUGUUACAAUCUUCCAUGGGGUUUGCUAUCGCCACAUGUUCCCUUGGCCUCACCUUCGUUCCCGGUUUGUUCAUUGCUUAUGCCAUUUUUCGCUUCUUUCUCGGAGUUGUGCUCUCAGCAUUAGUCUACUACCUACAAACAUGGUGUAUCAGUAAUAAAGGACCAGUUUUCGCAGUGAUGUUCUCUCCACUGGUCGUUGAUUUUUAG